AUCUCCGACUUCUUGGGUCCGUCGCCCUUCCUCUCGCUCAGCGAUGCGUGCAAAUAUGGAUCCAUCCCGCUGUUGGACUGGAUUUGGGAUUCAAGUUGUACCCGCGCUGCCGACAGAAACCCUGGGUGGACUCUCACGAACUACUUGCGGUCGGACCCGCAUUACCAGAACCACCAGUUUGCCAAAUCUCUCGAAGCAGCGGCCAGUCGAGGGGAUGUAGCCAUGAUGGAGUGGCUGUUUGCCCACUUUCCUGGCUGUGAGGCGCCAGAAGCUGUCGCCUACGGAGCCAAAGAGAAGGGCUAUCUUCGCGUGCUGCACUGCCUGUUGGCCCAUAAAUCGCCGCCAUACUUCGCAGGCAGAGAUUCUAUCGAAAUUGGUGAAGGCACGGUGCACAUCAGUGAUACUACCACUUUUUGGACCGAUGCAGCAAUAAAGACGGCCACCGAGAACGGAGAGCUCGUCGCGAUCAAACACGCAUUAGCUCUCGGAGACUUCCAGCUAGCAGAGCAAAUACUCCCUAUCGGUCGGUGCUUGCUGGACUACGCUGCUGGUUGUCCGACGGCUGGGAUGAUCAAUUGGAUGCUGGAUUGUGGGUAUUUGCGACGCGAUGAAGCUCUUGCUGCCUCCGCACUGCCGAAUUUGGCCCGUUGUGGACACUUGGAUCUGGCACAGCAAGUCGUGCUUCUUCAUUCGCCGUUUCCGGGUGACAUCGAGCAUUGGGAAACUCAUUGGGCUCACGCAAUUUAUGAAGCUGGCAUUUGUGGGCAGAACGCGAUAUUGCGGUGGCUUGUCGAGCCCCCAAUGGGGAUGAAGACGCUCGAGCAGCUAUCGAAUAGCAACUUGUUUUCUGUUGCGGCGAACAGAGGGCAUGUGGAUACGAUGGAUUACCUUUAUAAGCAAGGCCUCGUGUGUAACUUUCGUGAGGUUAUGCGGGAGGCAAUUAACGGGGGGCAGGCGAACUCUGUCAAGUGGCUGCUUAGCAACCAUUCGUUUGAUACGGAGUCCAUAUCAAGCCUGAAUGCGAUUCACUGGAUUGCCGAACAUGGCCAUCUCGAGGGAUGCACAGUGCGCGCAAUGAAUUGGGCUGCGCAAAGCGGCCACUUGGACGUUCUGCAGUGGCUGGACUCUAAUCGCUCCGAA